AUGGCGUCCCAUCCGGCCCUGAGCAGUGGCAGCGCGGCACCUGACCUCUCUGGCCCUCCCCGGCGGCGGCAGCAUCGGAGGGUGUCCCUGGCGGACAAGAUCAAGGCGAAGCUGAAGAAGACACUGCUAGUGCAGGGGCCCCAGGCGCCCACCCUGCGCGAGCUGAUGUGCUGGUACUGCAUGAACAGCAACACCCAUAGCUGCUGGCGCAUCGUCAUCUCACGUGGCCACCUCCGCUGCGCCCUCUGGAUCCUGCUCACCCUGAUGGCCAUUGGCCUCAUCCUCUGGUACUGCGCCCAGCUCAUCCUCAACUACUACAUGGCCUCCGUCUCCAUCACCGUCCAGUUCCACAAGCUCCCCUUCCCCACCGUUACCAUCUGCAACAUCAACCCCUACAAGCUCCCCUCGGGGCUGGCCGGGCUGCCUUCUCCCUGCCUUCCAGAUGAUGGGUUCGCCGGAGAUGGGCCCUACUGGCUGAAGCCCCAGAACUUCAAGCUGCUCACUGCUGGGAACCAGCGUUCUGCCCUGGGGACGCUGGACUUCAGCUUACUGUACGACCAAGAAAACAACGCUCUCCAUUGUACAAUCAAUAAAGCCAAGGGUUGCCAGCCCAUGGACCACAUUGGGAUCUCUGACAGGUAUUUGGCACUAAAUUCGGAUCUACUCCCGGGGAGGCAAAAAGCAAAUAAACUGAGGACCAAAACCUUGCGGAACACUUUGAAUCCUACCUGGAAUGAAACUCUUACGUACUACGGGAUCACCGACGAGGACAUGAUCCGCAAAACACUCAGAAUUUCCGUCUGCGACGAGGACAAGUUUCGCCACAACGAGUUCAUUGGGGAAACCAGGAUCCCGCUGAAGAAGCUCAAGCCAAACCAGACCAAAAAGUUCAGCAUCUGCCUGGAGAAGCAACUGCCAAUAGACAAAACAGAAGACAAGUCCCUGGAGGAGCGUGGCCGGAUCCUCAUCUCUCUCAAGUACAGCUCCCAGAAGCAAGGUCUGCUGGUGGGCAUCGUCCGCUGCGCGCAUUUGGCGGCCAUGGAUGCCAACGGCUACUCGGAUCCCUAUGUGAAAACGUACCUGAAACCAGAUGAGGACAAGAAAUCCAAGCACAAGACAGCCGUCAAGAAGAAAACGCUCAAUCCUGAAUUCAACGAGGAAUUCUGCUAUGAGAUCAAGCACGGCGACUUGACCAAAAAGACCUUGGAGGUGACGGUGUGGGAUUACGACAUUGGCAAAUCGAAUGACUUUAUUGGUGGCGUGGUGCUGGGGAUCAACGCCAAGGGGGACCGCCUGAAGCACUGGUUCGACUGCCUGAAAAACAAGGAUAAGAAAAUUGAGCGCUGGCACACACUCACGAAUGAGCUGCCGGGGGCGAUCCUCAGCGAUUGA